CGGUAAACAUCUAGUCAGUACUCAGCAGGAAGGCAUUGAAGGAGUACGUGCCCCUCACACUACGGCUAAUACACCUGAAGGAGCCACAGAACUCACAUCGCCACACCCACACCACCAAAAAUGAGACUAGUGUUGCUGGUACUGCUGUUGGUCGCAGGCACAGUGAAGGGCGAUGAGGAUGAAGUGGACCUGCAGCAACAUUUGGAAAAACUGUCCAGCCAGAGGUACCCUAUUGAGAGCAACACACAAAACCGAGACACCAUAAGGGAGUACAUCAUUGAGAGGAUGACAAACUAUGGACUGGAAGUGGAACAACAGAAAUUCAACACCACUAUCAGCGAGGACCCUAUUGGCAUCGAUUCCCAAUACAUUAAGGUUCAAGGAACUAACGUGAUUGGGAUCCAGCGGGCUGUGACGGAACACCCUGGGGCUGUGGUGGUGGUGGGCGCUGACUAUGACUCCAAUGGUGUGGAUGAUCCCCUCUUCCACAAUGGUGCCGGCGUGGCUACCCUGCUGGAGGCGGCGCGCCUGUACACCAUCAACGAGAGAUGGUCUGGCCGCUACGUCGCCAACUACACCACAAUCUUCGUGGCCUUCGACAUCAACACGAAACUCCACAAGAACUCGCCGGGACAUCCUGGCGGCUACUACUUCGUCCAGAACUGGCUGAUGCCUUUCCUGAAGCAGAACACUGACUACUUCGGCGGCGCUAUCAUCCUGGACUCCAUCAUGAACGUGAAUUACAAUAUCUACACUCAGGUCCUCAGUAACAACUUCCAGGAGAUGUUCCCUGAGACCUACGGGAGACUGCAAGACGAUAGUAACAAGGGAAACUUCUUGGCUAUGGUGUCUAUGGGAGAUAAAGCGGCGACUGAGACACUAAGAGACCAGUUCUCAGGCAGUUACCGGAAGAAUCGCCGCGCCGAACGCUUCAGGCUGGAGGACAUGCGGCUCCAGAGUGGCAUGAAAUUUGAUAAUCUCCUGGGAGAGUUUGUUAAGUCUGACAACAUUCACUUCUGGAACGCUAAGGAUGCUAGCAAUAGGACAGUCCAGCUGCCCGCUCUUCUGCUCACCGACACCAAGGCCUUCCGAAACAUGGAAAAGGAAUGUGUCACGGAUCCUUGCCGCGCUGUGGAUCUGGUGACGGAAGAGAGGCUUGAGUUCGUCGAGGCCACUGUGAGGAGCGUGACCACAUUCCUCUUCAAUCGCCAAACUACACGCCUUCCGGAACAGCCUUCUUCGGGAAUGUCCAAUCUUCCUUCAGCCAUCAUGACGGUGCUGAUGUUCGCCCUCGUCCGCCUCCACAUGUAAUCGAAGAGGCGAGAAGGAAGGACAGAGGCAGAGAGAACGGAGAGGAAAAGGAAUAGAGUAAAAGGUUGAAAAUACCUUCAUUCUUUUACUCUUAUCAGUGAUCGUCAAUCUCAUUAAUGAACUCUUAUCUACUCCCUCUCUUACUCUCUAUAUGGUUCCUCUCUCUCUCUCUCCUACUCUGCCUCCCUCCAUCUAUUCAUUCUCUAGUGGCGUCAUUUCAGCCUUUACAAAUAUCAAGGAAAUAUCAGAUGUCAUAAUUAAAGUAAAUGUUUGACAGCAUGCAGGUAGCAACGCUUAGUUCACCUCUCUAUGUAUAUACAGUCGCCUUGAGCAGUGGUGUCACAAAAUCCAGCAACUGUCUUGCCUACAAGUCGGAGAGAAAUGAUCAAAUGAACACAGGAACUAAUGAAAUGAUUUUAUAGACUUCCGCACAGACCAAGAGAGAGAGUUGCUGGAUAUUGCUUUUUGUCUGAACAUCACCUAGUACUGAAUCACAGUGGAAAGACGCCGAACACUGAUGAGGCGCUGCAGUUCACGCUUACUAAUCCACCCACUGAAAGGCGAGAUGAAAGCAAGGAGUGAUAAGCGGGUGUAUUCGUGUCACAUGAUCAAGGUCUUGUUCUGUGCCCUCUGCAGUGAGAAUAAUGCAAUUGUUUCAUUCGAGUAAACUUUGAUAACUGUACGAAGACUAUUUGAUCUAUAUCCAGUAACUCCUUCCUUGCCAGUACCGUCCUCCAAAAUCAUACUUAAGACGCGCAUCAUUCUAUUAAACUCAAGAGACUAUGACAGUCAAGGGUCAAAACAUUCAGAUUUGUAUGAUAACUUACAACUUCAAGAUUACACAGCGCCAUCUAUGGACAACUAGAAUAAAACCUCUGGAGUCUAACAGUUUAAAAAGCUUAUAAAAAGUUCCUUAUACUCAACACAUCAGAAAAUUGAACAAGUCAAUAGUUUUUUUUAUAUAGUCCUGAUCAGUGUCUCCACGUGAUUCCUUAAAGUCUUAAGUAUUUGUUUUAGUUCCUAAGGAUGAUGAUGUUAUGUAUGUGUCUUUUUGACAUUAAUGGUAAUUGAGGUGUCGUUUGUCCUUUCCACCAACCUAUCACUUCUCUUUACCGAGGAGUUUCCAAGCGCACGGGUUCGAAUCCUGGCCACUUUCCGAAUGUAGGUAGGGCUUCCUUACUCGAGAUAACAGUUCCCUAACGAGUGGGCUCAGAAAGGAGAUACCUAAAAAAAUAAAUUCCCGUGAAAAGCCCACAUGGCAUAGAAAAAAAAAAAAAAGAAAACUGCAAAAAGUCAGCUGAUCUACACGUGACUGUCCCUGAGUGCACGUUUACCCAGUCUCCAUAUCUCGAUCCAUCUAGAAGCACGUACUUCACUAUACAACCUUUUCAUAUCUUCCCCCCCUCACUCUCCUCUAGCCUUAUCGAUUCAGCCUUCUCUGGUGCAGUGUCGUUAAAGCUUCCUUCAUUCCAACGCGUGUUUCUAUCGUCCAUGUUAUCACGUGAAGACAAUGGUUGAUUGAAAUUAACAGCAUUUCUCUUACUGAUGAUAGGUUAAAUUUUUCUUCCAUUUUUCAGUUUUGUCUAGCUUGUUCCUCUACAGUGUUCACGUAAUGUCCAGUUAAUGUAUAAGUGAGACACGUGUCAAUAAAUAUCGGUUUGUC